CGGGAGGGGUCACAGGUCAGCGCUGGCUCCUCGCGCAAGGCUGGCGGGCGAGCAGUACUUGGGAACGCUGUGGUGUCGCCGGCCGGACUGUCCCGGGGAAGGUGCGCGUCCCGAGGGGCCAUGGACCCGGGCCCGCGCCCCUCCGGCAGCGGCUGCGGCAGCCCGGCAGGCCUGUCCCGGGAGUACAAGCUGGUGAUGCUGGGCGCCGGCGGCGUGGGGAAAAGCGCCAUGACCAUGCAGUUCAUCAGCCACCGAUUUCCAGAAGAUCACGACCCCACCAUUGAAGAUGCUUAUAAAAUCCGGAUCCGUAUUGAUGACGAGCCUGCCAACCUGGACAUUUUGGAUACGGCUGGACAGGCAGAGUUCACGGCCAUGCGGGAUCAGUAUAUGAGGGCGGGAGAAGGGUUCAUCAUCUGUUACUCCAUCACGGAUCGUCGAAGCUUCCAUGAAGUUCGGGAAUUUAAGCAGCUUAUUUACCGAGUUCGACGCACUGAUGAUACCCCUGUGGUUCUGGUGGGAAACAAGUCUGACCUGAAGCAGCUAAGACAGGUCACCAAGGAAGAAGGAUUGGCUUUGGCCCGAGAAUUCAGCUGUCCCUUUUUUGAGACCUCUGCUGCCUACCGCUACUACAUCGAUGAUGUAUUCCAUGCCAUCGUACGGGAAAUACGUAGGAAAGAAAAGGAGGCAGUGCUGGCCAUGGAGAAGAAGUCUAAACCCAAAACCAGUGUAUGGAAGAGGCUAAAAUCCCCGUUCCGGAAGAAGAAAGACUCUGUAACUUGAAGGGAAGCUGUGAGGUGUUCAUCUGUGAACUGCAGGGCGUACUCAGAGCAGUCCAGUAACCCGCGUUAGUGAGCACGGCGCUCGCUCUUUCUCCUGUUAAUGACCGUUACUGUAAACAUAACCGAUGAAGGGGGUGUGCCUAGUGGGAGUUUCCAGUGAUGUGGUGUGUAGAAUACUGUCUUUUAGUUCAUUCUGACUUAUUAACCCAGUGGGGCACUGUCUACUUUUAAAUUGUCACAUUAGAAUUUGAUCUACCGAUGCUUUGGGUUCUGUUCCUGAUAUUAGUUCAUUAGUGUUGAUUGUUUAUACCCUGGGGGAAUAUAUGUAUCACGCGUGUUUGACUAAGCCCACGAGAGGGACUUUCUGCUAUGCACUACUCCGUGUUCUUUUCUACUUGGGUUUCCUGGGACCUUCUCUGGGAAGGCCUCACUUUCUUCUGUUCUCCUGUGCUUCCUGGACACAGAGCGAGAACCUGGUAGGGAGACCAGUGGUACAGCUCAGAGAGUAGCUGUGGAACUGCCUCCUGUUGGAGAUUAGGGACUGAUGAGAUCAGGGAAGCCAGGCUGUGGGGGCGGCCGGGUAGGUCACUAGGGACAGGUAGCAUCCCAGCUGCGUUCUCAGUGUGGGCCUGGCUUUCCUGAGACGCGCACAUCUUACCCAGACGCACCGAGAUGGGUGAAGACAAACAGAAGCAAGUGCAAUGUAUGAAGGUUUCUUCUACGAAGCUAUUUUGUUCUUCCUUUCAGAGUUUAGCCUUCGUUUUCUGUCAAAGGUGCGUGCUUUGGGAACCAUUACUGGAUUACUAAGUUCUCAUUCAGGGUGUAUUUUUUCUCCAGAGAUGCUGACACCCAUGUGUCAAGUGCUUCCCUGUGCUCCCGAGGAGAGCGGGGCCUGGCCACGUGUGCUGUAGGUCCGUCGUCAGACUCCCCGUGACUUCCGUACGGCAGAGCCAUCAGGGGUUAGAGUCCACUUGCGUGUGCCUCCCCAGCACAGUCCCCAGACUCCACGCUCUGGGAAAGCCUGUGCGUCUCGUACUAACGAGCCAGUUGUGAAGCUUUAGAAAAUUCCCAUGUGCUGGGCUUCUCAUUGAAGAUUUCUUUACAGGGACCUUGUUGAGUUCACCUCAGGGUUGUCUGAGCCUUGACAAAACUUAGCCUAAGAGAAUACCACCUUGAGAUUUGUGCAUAGCUGGGAGACGGUCCUGAGAAGGAACAGCUUUAAAUAUUGGUGGUGAGUUCUCUUUUUUAGAAUCAGGAUUGUUUUGAUACCUGGACUUUCUAUGUGUAGAGAUUAAGUGCGGAAGUGUUAAGAAUAAUGCAGCGUAUAUCGGACCUUACAUGUCAUUGAAGCAUUCUAAUCUCUUACCAGGACUAUGGGGCCCCUCUUAAAAGUGCACACCUCAACUGACCUGCUUUCCCUUUAAUUACAGGCGGGAGGACAGGGUGGGUGUGUUUCCUCCUACCCAGUGGGGUUUAUGUUCUAGGUUUAAAGAAAGGGGUGAUGGUUACAACUUUUCUUAGCUUAGUAGUGGUCCCUUUUGAAACCAGAUAAAUUAUGUUUUGUGGUACUCAAGCCAUCCAAAAGUGAGAGACCCAGAACUUGAAUCUAUCUAUGCAGGAUGGAAAUCUUACAGGAACCAUAGCACUUUAGCAAAGCAUGAAGGUAGAGACGCAAUGUAGUGCAAUUCUCUUGUACCAGUAUUUCACCACAUGUAAAUCAGCUCGGCCUUUUACAUGUAAUGCCUUAGCUUCUCAUUACUAAUGACCUAGGGAAUUGUAAUUAGCGUCAGACAAGAACUUGACAGCUGUAUAAUUAUUCAGGACAUUCAAGGCAGCAGAGAACAUUGCCAGAAACAAAGAUCUGUGAGACAGGAGGGAAUUUGGAUUGUGUAUGAGAAAAGUAACACAUUUGUGUUUUUAAGACUGUCACUGUCAUAUCUUUGAUCAUUGGAUUGAUCAGCCCAUUAGUUAGUAUUGAGAAUUCUGUUUAUGGUGCUAAAUAUUUUGAGGGGGUGUAUUAUGUGUAGGUAACAGCUCAAUUCUUAGUGACCUAAGAGUGUGUAAUUUAUAAGCUCUAAAGAGUCAGGUUUAUCCACUUUGAGGGCAUUACAAUCAGUUACUGCCUAGAACUUUGAAGAGAGAAACAUUCAGGGACAAGCCUCAAAGCGCCGGAACUGUCUGUGCCGCCAGGUGAAGUCAUAAGAUUUAGAAACUAGUGUCUAGAAGGGAUACAUUUUAACUUUAUCAAAUAUUAGAUGAAUCGGUCUGCUGUGAUGUCUGGGGGUUACGGGGGAGGAAGGGAGCAGCCUCUCACGUACGUGCUUGUAUGUGAAGACAGUUUAUGUGACACAAUACAGAACUUUUAAACACUC